GCGCUGAAACUGCUAGCUCCAGUUAGCUUUGUUAGCUUUAUCAGCUGUAAACAGCCGUUAGUUUUAAACGAGCUUAAUUAAACUGUUUAAUGUUAACCGUUGGUGUUUAAACUGAUGUGAAGCUUUAAUAUAAUUUAAUAUAAUUUAAUAUAAUAUGAGUUUAUAGUCUGAAACGAGCUAACAGCGGCUAGCCUGUUAGCCUGCUAGCUACAGCUCAGAUACAGGCUAACGGCUAACACGGCCCGUGAGCCAGUGGGAGGAUGAUAAAGUUCGUGCUGAUGGUGAACCGGCAGGGUCAGACUCGUUUGUCUCGUUACUACGACCCGGUGGAGCUGAGCCGCAGAGCGCCGCUGGAGGCCGACGUGGUGCGAUGCUGCUUGUCCCGGAAGAAAGACCAGUGUUCCUUCGUGGAGUACAAAGACUUCAGACUGGUUUACCGCCAGUACGCAGCGCUCUACAUCGUGGUGGGAGUCACUGACAGCGAG